AUGGCGCGCCCGCGCAUCCCCCAUCUCUAUGGCAUCCUCCAGUUCUGCCUACGCCUGACCCUCGUCGUGUUCGAGGUAUGCGCCCUCGCAGCGCUCAUCAUGCUCUCGCGCUACGGGUUCGACUUUCCCAUAGGAUAUGUCGCGUCCGUCUCAGGCAUCGUCUACUCCAUGGCCGAGAUGGUCACCCUCGCCAACUCCACCGGCCAGAUCCCGCGCCUGCGCACCGGCGCCCUCGUCGUCGGCGACUUCAUCCUCUUCGUCCUCGGCCUCGUCGCCUUCUUCUACUUCAUUAUCCUCAACGGCUGGCGCACCGGCAGCCCCCACCGCGAGUACAAGGCCUGGCGCGACGACCCCCUGCGCGUUGAGAAGGCCACCUGGGCCCCCUGGUACAUGUGGCUGCAGCUCAUCGCCGCCAUCCUGCAUUUCCUCUACAUGGUCAUGCACUGCGUCGAUGCCUGCAAGGAGGGCAGCCCGCAACAGCAGCGCAGGCGGCAGGAGAGGCGGCGGCAGAGGGCGUUGCUGAGGGAGAGGGAACGAGAGAGGGAUCCAGAGGUUGCGCAAGUUGUGACACAGCCGGCUGGGACUACGACUACGACGACAAGCUGA